AUGACGUCUUACGAAGUGGUACUAUUACAAAGGAAAAUGCCAGUUCCUGGGGGUGUUUAUCAAACUCAAGGCCCUUCAUGUUUUGAUAAAAUGAAAAUGGGGUUCAUGAUAGGAUUUUGUGUAGGCAUGGCAAGUGGUGGCUUAUUCGGCGGUUUUACAGCUUUAAGAUAUGGCGCAAGAGGACGUGAAUUGGUUCAUUCUGUAGGAAAAGUAAUGCUUCAAGGAGGUGGCACUUUUGGUACAUUCAUGGCAAUAGGAACAGGAAUUCGUUGU